AUGCCGGUGCUUACACACUACUCUCCAAAAAGGUCCCUACCAAGGACGUUGAAAUUUUUGAAAGAGGAAAUGGGAGCAGUUCAAAUGGAAUUUCUCAACAAAGUUGGUGGCGACAGCAGGUCAAACUGGUUUCCAUUGCUUUUCGGUGGUUCUUUGGAGAAAAUUGGGCGCGUGGGACGGCCUCCAGAGGCUCCGGACUGGAACAAUACCACGAUUUGCAACGAAUGGUUGGACAAGCAUCCUUACAUUGUGGAGGAGUACAGGAAGAAGGGAUAUAAGUGCGAACGCAAUGAGAUAGCGAGUGAACCUGGCCAACCUGAAGUGUGCACCUACCUCACCGGAUUGUUAACUGGAACAUAA